AUGCCAUCUGUUUUCGGUCCUCUAUUUUACACAGAAUUAGCAUCACAAUCCUGUCUUCAUACUAUUCCUCUACUUUUUUUUUUACAACCAAAGAGGCCUUUCAUAUUUCUCUCAGGCAACGAGCGCCGCUGGCAGAAGAGGACGUGUAGCUUCUGCGGAGUAAGCAGAAUCCACGAGAACGAUCACUUCUGCCCCUACAACUACAUCAACGGGGCUUUCAACCUUAGCACCUGCAGGGCGCGGUGCCAGCCGGGGAAGCACCCGCUCUUGCUAGCCUCCUCCUCCGGCUCCGGCUCCGGGAGCCACCACCUGCUGCGGCGCCUUGUACGCGUCACCAAUGUGGCGCUGAGCGCCAUCCCCGGCGAAAGGGACCUGUGUCGGCUCUUCGGGCGGUUCGGGCCGCUCGUCGGGUCCAACCUCACCAGCAUGAGCCUCUAUGACCCUGUCGGCUUCGGGUGGGUGGCGUUCGAGAGCCGUGAGCACGCCGAGGAGGCUAUCGACAAGCUCAAUGGACACCUUGUUGGUGACCGCAAGCUCCGAGUUGACUGGGUCUAUCCUCAAACCUGAAUACCUCCAAUGUAUCUCUGUGUUC